GGGGCUUGUGGUCGCGGAGAGCGGACUACGAGCCCCAGGGCCCCGCGCGCGGUUCCGGACAACGCCUGGUGUGUGGUAACACCGCGGAUCUUCCUCCUCCUCCUCCUCCUCCUGCACCUCGCGGGCGCUUCCGGCGCGGCGGCGGCGGCGGAGCCCCUCGGGAGCGGCGGGGGCCCGGCGGGCCGGGGCAGGACAAUAGAUUUCCCAAGUUCUUCAAGUAUUCUUGCACAACGAGGAGAAAGAAGAGACAUUCCAGUGAAUGAGGAGUUUUCUGCUUCUAUAGUGUUUCCCUUGAGAAGUGGCUCUUUGAAUGAGGAUGACAAUGGAAGAGAUGAAGAAUGAAGCAGAGACCACUUCUAUGGUUUCCAUGCCUCUCUAUGCUGUUAUGUACCCUGUCUUUAAUGAGCUAGAAAGAGUAAACCUGUCUGCAGCUCAGACACUGAGAGCAGCUUUUAUUAAGGCUGAAAAAGAAAAUCCAGGUCUUACACAGGACAUCAUCAUGAAAAUCCUGGAGAAAAAAAGUGUGGAUGUGAAUUUCACAGAAUCUCUUCUGCGUAUGGCAGCUGAUGAUGUAGAAGAGUAUAUGAUUGAAAGACCUGAACCUGAAUUCCAAGAUCUUAAUGAAAAGGCACGAGCACUUAAACAGAUUCUUAGUAAGAUUCCAGAUGAGAUCAAUGACAGAGUGAGGUUUCUUCAGACAAUCAAGGACAUUGCAAGUGCAAUAAAGGAGCUUCUUGACACAGUAAAUAACGUCUUCAAGAAAUACCAGUACCAGAACCGGCGGGCACUUGAGCACCAAAAGAAAGAGUUUGUAAAAUACUCCAAAAGUUUCAGUGAUACUCUGAAAACCUAUUUUAAAGAUGGAAAGGCAAUAAAUGUGUUCAUAAGUGCCAACCGACUAAUUCAUCAAACCAACUUGAUACUCCAGACCUUCAAAACUGUGGCCUGAAAACUGUAUAUGUUGAGAGUUGUACUUUUCAAUGGUGGAUAGGGUACCUUUAUAUGUAAAUUUUAAAGUUUUGACUGUAUAAAUUAUCAGCCCCUCUCAAGGGGCCUAAUGCAGGAUUUUGAAUGGGAUUAUUGCCAUCUUACACCAUAUUUUUGUAAAACAUUGUAGCUUAAUCAUAAUCUCACAGGAAAGAUUUUGCAUCACUUUUUGCUAUUAUCAUUCUUUUCAGAAUUAUAAGCCAAAAGAAUUUACGCCUUAAUGUGUCAUUAUGUAACAUUCCUUACAAGAAUUGUAAAUAUUUGGUGUUCUGUUUCUGACAUUUUAACUUGAAAGCGGAAAACUGCAAGAUUAUGUAUUUAACAAUAUUGGUGGCAAAUAUUCAAUAAAUAGUUUACAUCUGUUA